AUGUUUUGGAAAUCCCAAGCUGUCAUUCUUUCUAUCGCUGCCUCGGCCGUUGUCACCAACGCAGCUAUUCAAUUGAACUUUGAGAGCAAAACCGAUCCCACCAACAUUGUGCUUCCGGACAUCCCUCAGACAACUCAACAGAACCCCACUGCCGAGUGUACCUUUUACCAGUCUCCUUACACCAUCAACCAGGCUGAAUGGCCUACUGUCUGGCAAAUUGCCACCAGCAAUGGCAUGAACAACACUGAUGAGUUUAAGAAGGUGUAUAACGCCAUCGAUUGGACGAAGGCCCCCAAAAUCCCGGUCAGAAAGAUGACGGCCGCUGGUGGUCUCGACAUGCAGGGUUACGAUACUGCAAACGACCCCGAUUGUUGGUGGUCGACUUCCCAGUGUGUCAAACCCAAGAUCGCUGGUGUUAACCCGGAUAUCUACGCCUGCCCUGAACCUGAUACCUGGGGUCUUACUUUUGAUGAUGGUCCCAAUUGCUCUCACAAUGCUUUCUAUGACUACUUGGAAGAACAAAAGCAAAAGGCAUCCAUGUUCUAUAUUGGUUCCAACGUUCUUAACUGGCCCUAUGGUGCUCUUCGUGGUGUCAAGGACGGUCAUCACAUCGCUGGCCACACCUGGUCUCACCGCAUGAUGACCACUUUGACCAACGAAGAAAUUUUGGCUGAAUUGUACUACACUCAAAAGGCUAUCAAGUAUGUAACUGGUAUCACUCCCUUGCACUGGCGUCCUGCUCUUGGUGAUUUGGAUGAUCGUGUUCGAUGGAUUGCCACUCAGUUGAACCUUACUGCUAUCUUGUGGAAUUUGGAUACCGACGACUGGGCUGCAAACGUUCUCCCUGGUGUAACCGAGGCUACCGUGGAUAGCUUGUACGAGCAAUUCAUUACCAUGGGAAACAACGGUACUUUUGAACGCAGCGGUAACAUUGUCUUGUCUCACGAAAUCAACAACAUGACCAUGAGCUUUGCUAUUAAGCAUUAUCCUGCCAUCAAGAAGGCUUACACCCAUGUUGUUGACGUUGCCACCUGUAUGAAUAUUACCCACCCCUAUCAAGAAUCCGUGAUCUCCUUCCCUACUUUUGCUGAAGCCACUGGAAGCAAGGAUACCACUAAGACUGGUUCGGGUGCGAAGCCUUCCAGCUCUGGAAAUGCCUCUAAUGUCAAGGUGGACGGCAAGGGCCAAGAUUCCGCUGCAACAGUGACCACCUUCAACAGCGCUCUUUUCAUUGCUGCCGUUUUCGGCCUGAUGAUUUUCUGCUAA